AUGGAACAAAUCUCGGACUACAUAGGGCUAAAUAACACUUCCAACUGUAUCGAUACCCAAGAGUCGCUGUACAAACAGAGCGUAAGUAGGCGCAGGUCGUCGCGAAGGUUUUUGUCGCUCCGCCCAGUUGCACCAACAGGCCCAAGUCGUCGUCGUCAACGUGCCUCACAUGUGCAUGCGCACUCUUUUCCGUUCUGCCAGCCGCUCCGUUGUUCCACCUGCCGCCACCUCGUUUCCAUGUCUCUGUCCAGUGACUCACGCACUAUUUCUGAAUUUCUCUGCGAUAUUGACGUUUUCAUUGUUUUAUUUGCAUUCAUAUCUAUUUGUGUAACUUCUCCGCUGCCUCACGAGUUUCCCUCAAAUGCUCAAUUAUUGAAAUUUUUUGCCUCGCCAUUUUUCUGCUGUCCAUUUGCAACGAUUUGUGAGCUAUGACUACAUUUUUUCCAAUUAAACACCCGCCGUUUUGAAAUGUUUCUAAUUAACUUCAUGAAAAAAAAAAUAAAACUCGGCUUGUAUAAAGCUUCAUGGUCACCAUGGAGUUAUUAGAAAACAAAGAAGCCAGUUAUGAAAUAAAUGCGUCAUAGCUUCUCCUUAUUUUUGGAAAAAUAAACGGAUUCUUCCUCAUUUCUCACCUUUUCUUAUCCAUACACGAUCCUAAGCCCGGUUUGUAUGUAGUCUGAUUUUCUUAGUAUAUAUUUUUUUUCAUUGGUUGAGAAUACAGCUCUGAUUUUUUUUUUGCCGAUCGAACUUCCACACCAUACAUCAAAAAUUCUUUAGUACCUGUAAUAUUUUCAAAGAUUUCUCACCAAGAACUGAUUAUAUCAGCCUCAUAGUUUCGCAACGAAUCAAAUUUCUAGUUCCUCCCAAAAACUCUUGACCAUAUUAUUCAUACAAUCCGCGAUAAGACCCCAAUUUGAUAGUGACGAGUCUGACUCAGCGACCGUCGAAUUUUGCUCUUCUCGAGCGCAGUCAUUGUGUGCCUCGCAAUACGUCAACAAAUAACUUUCACGAAAAACCAUUCAUAAACCACUUUCAAUUGUAGCAUCGUCACGAGCGGAAGAAAAUGCGCGACCGAUUCAACGAGUUUCAGGUUGGUUUUUGUUUCUGAAUUAUCGUUUAAAUCUGGAAAAAAUGUUUUCUGUGACAAAAAAAAAGUCUAAAAUAUGUUUCCGGAAAAAAAGUAGACAAAAUUCGAUUCUAAACUUGAUCAUUGAGCUUUGAAAUGUUUUCAUAAAGUAAACAGGGAUUUUUUUAUGGAGCAAUAUUUUUUUGGAUUCGAAGCGUUCACUGUCUUUCAAUGAAACUUUAGGAAUAACUAGAAUUUUAAAUUGAACAGUUUUUUUCUCUGCCAGACAUCAAUAAGUGCACGAAAAAAAUUAUCUUUGCAAUGUUUCAAUCAAAAAUAGAAUUUUGAACCGAAUUGAAGACAUACAUUUUUUUGACAAGGUUCCACUGGCCAUUAAUCAAGAAAAAAGUUCAUUCGUACUGUUUUUGUUUUUUUCAUAUUCUCACCUGGCCAAAAAUGGGCUUGGUUUCAAGUCGCAGUAGAUUCGGUUAGAUUCAAAAUUUCACUUGCUCGGUAUUGAAAAAAGUUUCGUUUUCUCAUAAAAAACCUAAUAUCAAGGUGUUGGUUAAUAUUUAAAUCGAUAUUUAUGACAAGAAAAUUUACAGAGCAGAGUAACUGAUCGUUUCGAUGAAGUUGAGCUCGCAACACCGCGGCCAAUGUCUGCAGCGGAUAACAUGGACCGUCGCUUAGAUGUCCGCUUUAUAUCAAUUUUUCCAAGGAAUUGGUGAUUUUUAGGAAAUCCGAAGCGCCAUUGAAACCGUCCGUAGUGAGAUUGAAGCCCUCCGUCGGAAGCAACAGCACAUUUUGGCUCUGACUGUGGCUGAUCCGCGUGAUAAAGUGAAUAAAUCUGUUUCUUCAUUUCCAAUCAUUUUUUGCAGGACGUUCUUGAAGAACAGAUAGGAACGAUCCGGAGAAGAACUGGUGACUUGCGAAAACUUGUCAGAGAAACAGAAGAUGAAUUUUUCGAGUUUUCAAGAAGUUUGUUCAUUUUUCUGUUUCCUAAAGAGCGAUAUCAUCUUGUUCUCUUAUUUGAUUGCAAUCUAAUGCUGUUUAUUUUUAGACGCUCACUCGACGGCUGAGGUGCGCAUCAGAAAAAACCAAAUCGAGUUGCUGAAGAAGAAACUGACAGAUUUGAUCUACCUGUUCAACGACACACACUCCGAUUAUCGAUCUCGAGUCUCAGGUAGCGCAUGCCUCGUUUUUUCAUGUUUGCUUUCUUCUUGCCGAAAGUCGGUUCUGUUUUGUGAGAUCUGUAGGGAAAGUUGUUUGGGUUCGGUAGUUUUUCUUCAAAAAUCGGUUCCUUUGCUGCGAUUGGUCUAUAGAUAAAGCGAGGAAAGCAAAAUAUUUUUACAGUGCGAGUACGAAAACAACUGCAAGCAUGCGGGGAAGACGUCAGCGAGGCUGAAAUCGAACGCAUUUUGGAGUCAAAUGGAUCUGAACAGGUGAAAUCAGAGAAAAAAUUCUCGAUCCGGCUUUCAAAAGUAUCUUCGUGCUAUAGUCUGUGUGCCACGACUUAAUACACCGAACGACAUUCCGCUUUUCCACUGCGCGCCUUUGCGAAUCUUGUCUUGGUCGCGCUUUUAAUUUUUUUUUCUUAUAUUAGGCACUCUACUUUCAUGUGCUCCCAUAGCAAUAAAAAUCAGUUAAAAGCGUGACCUAGAUUAGAAAGACGCUUCGCGAACGCACGCAGCGGAACAGCGGAAUUUCGUUCCGUGAAAUUUCAAGUCGUGGCCUACAGACUACAAAACAGCUCUAUUCAAGUUUAAAAAACUGUGGACUUUUUUUUUGAAUAACCCACAUUUUUUUUACACCGGGCCUAACUUAUGAGGUUUUUUUUCCCGUUUUGAGUCAUUCCCACCUUUUCCAAUUGUCAGAAAAAACGAUGCCAAGAAAAAAAUCAGGAAAUUAUUCAACCUUUCAGAUUUUCUUCCGAGAAGUCAAUCCACUCUCCGUGUCAGGCAGGGCAGCUAUGGAAGACGUCAAACAACGGCACAAUGAGAUUGUGGAGCUGGAGAAGAGUGUGGCGAUGUUGCAAGAAAUCUUCCAAGACAUGCAGCAUUUGACGGAAGAACAGGUUGAUACUUGAAAACCAUCCAAAAUAUAUGAAAAUGAGCUGAAACUCUAUUGUAUAUGAAUGAAUCUUCAUGAAAACGGGUUUAGAAAACUUUCAAGCAUUUGCAUUUCUGCAAGAUGCUCUGUGGGAGCUAAAAUCUUCCUAAAAACUGGAAUCUUCAAUUUAAAGCCCUUGAAUGCUCGUAGACUGAGUGCAUGACAACUGCAACGUAGCCGAUCAAAAACGACUUAUGCUAGAGUUAUAUCCUACUGUCGAAGAAGUUCUAACUAUUCUAUUCGAAGUGUGACUUCAAUUUCGAUCGAAAAAGGAAAUUUCAAAGUUCUGAGCCAUUCCAAGUGCGGCCAGUCAUGACUCACUCUAAAAACGAUCUCUAGCCUCACCAAACAAAUUUUCCAGGGCGAGAUGGUGAACCGAAUAGAAACGAACGUCGAGGACACCAAAGGUCACGUCGAGCAAGGCGCUCGUAAUGUAAAGACGGCUGUCGAGUACAAAAAGAGCGCGAUGCGGAAAAAGGUAGUUCAUUGUGUUGCUCGACUAAACCAAUAAAGUUCAGAUCAACAGUUGUGCCAUUGCUUAAAGUAUGUUUGUAAAAAAAACCUUCAAAAUUUCAGAUUUGCGUCAUUACGAUUUUGAUCCUGAUCGUCCUCAUUCUCAUCGUGGUUGCAAUCAUUCUUGCCGUUGUCCUUUCCGGAAACAAAAAAUGA